GUGAGUGGGAGGAGGAGGAAGAAGAAGAAAUGGAGCAGCGCCGACGCCCGGACAUGACCCUGGAGUUGCAGCUGAGCGCCUUCUCCCCGGAGCCCGGAUCCCUCGAGGAUGAGGAUGACGAAGAGACGGCCAGCUUGCCGGUGCCCGGGCCGAGGAGGAUCCGCUCCAGCAGCUCGCGGCCCCGCUAUGAGAUCGUCACGGAGCUGGGCCCGGAGGAGGUGCGCUGGUUCUACAAGGAGGACAAGAAGACCUGGAAGCCGUUCAUCGGAUACGACUCCCUCCGCAUCGAGCUGGCCCACCGGAAGCUGCUGGAGCUCACCGGAGAGCUGGUGGUGUACCUCAGUGACCUCAGACAACCCUUGUCCCCCCUGUGCCCGGUCUACUAGAACCACGAGUGACAGACGACCCUCAUCACCCUGUACCCCGUCUACUGGAACCAAACGGAUAGGAUCCCAGUGAUGCGAGGCCAGUGGUUCAUUGAUGGCACAUGGCAGCCCCUUGAUGAGGACGAGAGUAACCUGAUUGAGCUGGAACAUCUGAAAUGCUUCAGGGGUCAUCAGAUGCCCGACAACUUUGACCUGGAGGUGGUGAAGCCGGUGGACCACAAGGAUGUUGUCCCACCUCCCUUCUCCCUCCCUUUCCUGUUCAGUUGGAGAGGAUAUAACGAAAGCACAGGCGCCCCAUGCGCCAAGAGAAGGCGUUACGAAGCUACACACAGCCUGAAGUUAAGUCGCAACCAUGUGGACUGGCACAGCGUGGAUGAGGUCUACCUCUACAGCGAUGCCACUACUUCCAAAAUAGCACGAUCUGUCACCCAGAAGCUGGGGUUUUCUAAGGCUUCAAGUAGCGGCACCAGGCUCCGUAGAGGGUACGUUGAAGAAGCCACGUACGAGGACAAGCCUGUAGAUGUAAGUCACAUUGUGUUUGUUGUCCAUGGUAUUGGGCAGAAAAUGGACCAAGGCCGAAUCAUCAAGAACACUGCUAUGAUGAGAGAGACGGCCAGGAAAAUUGAAGAAAAGCACUUCUCCCACAUAACCACAGAGCACGUGGAGUUCCUUCCUGUGGAAUGGCGAUCCAAACUUGCUCUGGAUGGAGACAUUGUAGACUCCAUCACUCCGGACAAAGUGCGCGGUAUACGGGACAUGCUGAACAGCAGUGCGAUGGACAUCAUGUACUAUACCAGCCCCCUGUACAGAGACGAGUUGGUGAAAGGUCUCCAGCAAGAACUGAACCGUCUCUACAGCCUGUUCUGCUCCCGGAACCCAGAGUUCGAAGACAAAGGCGGCAGUGUGUCCAUCGUGGCGCACUCUCUGGGCUGCGUGAUAAUGUACGAUAUCAUGACGGGGUGGAAUCCGGUGCGCUUCUACGAACAGCUCGAUCAGCAGGAAGAUGAGGAGACUGAGGAGCACUGGAUCAGUUAUGAGGAGCAGCACCUGCUCCGAGAGCUUACUUUGACCAAACAACGAUUAAAAGAACUGGAAGAUCGACUACAUGGACUUAAAAGUUCUUUGUUUAUUACACCUGCCUUAAGAUUUAAGGUUGAGAAUUUCUUCUGCAUGGGAUCGCCUUUGGCGGUCUUCUUGGCGUUGCGCGGCAUCCGUCCCGGAAAUAGUGGAACUCAAGAUCAUAUUUUGCCUCGAACUCUUUGUAACCGUUUGUUUAAUAUCUUUCACCCAGCAGAUCCUGUGGCCUACAGAUUGGAGCCAUUAAUACUGAAGCACCACAACAACAUUUCAGCCGUCCAGAUUCACUCCUCUAACACCACUUACUCCGUCCCUUACAAACAGAUGAGACCGGUUCUCAUCAACCCAUCCAAAGAUACUACCUCAGUGUCAGACACCGAAAGCAUACCAAGCCCUAGCACAUCGCCGGUUCUGCCACGGCGGCACUACGGAGAGUCCAUAACGAACAUAGGCAAAGCAAGUAUAUUAGGUGCCGCCAGCAUCGGGAAAGGUCUGGGGGGAAUGCUAUUCUCAAGAUUUGCACGCUCUAGUGCAGCUAGCUAUGAAGUAAAAGAAACCACAGACGGGGAGGACAGAAAAUCACUACACAGCCCGAGCACAACAGCGACGACGACCACAACACCGCAAACCCUUCCGCACAGCAUUUCUGGAACUCUGGAUUCUGCAGUGGUGGAGUUGGAGCACCGGAUCGAUUUUGAACUCCGAGAGGGACUGGUGGAGAGCAGAUACUGGUCGGCUAUGACUUCGCACACUGCGUACUGGUCCUCCAUGGACGUUGCACUUUUCCUAUUGUCAUUCUUGUACAAAGAAGCCCAGGUCGAGGACGGAGACAAGUUAGGGGUAGAUGACGCAUAAGAGACAUUACAAACCACUGGAUCUGACUGGAGACUAGCUGCUGAGAAAAUGGAAACUGUUCGGGCAACAUGAAAGUUGCUCGUGCAUGUUUCAAAGUUCCGUUUUCGAAGCGCACCAUUGAUUUCACUUUAAAAGCCGUUGACAUGUUUCGUUCAGUCCACCUUCUCAUCCUCCCAAUUCAUUCCAGCAAUAGAGUAUUUCAGUAGAUACCUAAAGGGCGACAUCACCUUCCUGACACAUGCAACAUCCUGACAA